AUGAACAGCGAAUGCUACUUUGUCGUGAGGGUUUCUGAAAGAAGGCAGAAGAAAGGGAAGGGAAGGAGAAGAAGAAGAGAAGAAGAAGAAGAAGAUUACGAGGAAGAGGAGGGCUAUGGCAAUGAUGGGUGUGCAUGUUUUCGAUUCUUCUGCGUAGGAAGAAGGCACAAGAGUGGUAUUGAACGUGUAUCUCUGUUGCAGCAGGUGCAAGGAGAAAACAGUAGUAGGGAUAAUGAGAGUCUGUGGAGGAGAAAACUAAAAGAGUUGAAGGAGAUAACAGAGUUGUUGUGUGGUCCAAAGUGGAAGAACUUCAUUCGCAAGCUAAGUGUGUACGCCAAUAAGAGAAGACGGAGGAGAACUACGGUCCACCUGUUUCAAUACGAUCCUCAAAGCUAUGCUCUCAAUUUCGACCAUGGUGGCGAUGAAGAUGAUCAACACGGUUCACGCCUUGAUUUCUCCUCACGCUUUGCUGCUCCUCCGUCUAAGAUGAACACUACUACUGCCUGAGUUGGGUUUUUGAUCCUUACAGCCAUCUUUCAGUAUCUGAUAGAUGGGAUCACCUAGGCACACAUUCGAAGGGACACCCAGCAAUCAGAUGCGCAAGCAAUCCUUUUUUCUUUCCAAUUUUUUGAACCCUUUUCUCCAUUCAGUGAGUGCUAUUAUUCCUCAUGUCAAUGAGAUGAUGUGUUAGAGCCCACUACGAUUACCAUUGCUUGUUAGUGUGAUGGAUUGUAAUUUUCUUGUUGUAGAGGAAUAUACUAUUUUUUAUUCCCA